CCUAGCCGUCUGUGAAACUCCAGUCCGGGUUUAUGAUGCCCUCCUACCGUAAAGACAAGCUUAUCUGCUCUUCCUUUGUGUUUGAACCUCUUCAGUCUGCUCUGGGACCGGGACCGGAAACGGGACCGGCUGAGAAGCACCCCGACCUGCCGCUCAUGUCUGCGGGACUGGAACCAGACUUCUCCGGUGAUGAAGUGUUCGUCCGCCGUUUCCCCGUCCACCGAGCCUGCCGGGAUGGAGACGUCGGAGCGCUGCUGUCGCUGUCGAACCGGGCUCAUCUGACGGCGGAGGACUCCCGCUACGGAUGGACCCCCAUCCACUGGGCUGCUCACUACGGACAGCUGGAGUGUGUGGUGCAUCUGGUGCAGAUGGGCUGUGAGGUGAACACGGUGAGCAGCCGCUUCAACCAGACGCCAACACACACGGCGGCGUUUGGAGGACAUCCUCACUGUGUGGUGUGGCUGACAGAGGCUGGAGCUGACGUCAACCAGCAGGACUUUGUAGGUGAGACUCCCAUCCAUAAGGCAGCUCGUUCAGGUAGUCUGGAGUGUAUCCAGGUCCUGUUGAUAGCAGGAGCUAAACCCCAGUUAAGGAAUGCCAGUGGGCAGACGGCAGCAGACCUGGCUCAUGCUCACGGCUUCCACGACUGUUUCUGCUUCAUCUCCAACGCCCAGAAGCACCUGCAGCAGCUCCGUGGGAAUGGCGCCCCCUGUGGUCAGGGCAUGUUCAGCAGGAAGAGGCAGAUGAACAUCGUGGAGGCCGGACUAAUGAAGAAAGCCAGGAGAGCUGAAGGUGUGUUGCAGCUUCAGAUCAGUCCAGGUGAGGAGGUGGAGAGCAUGAAUACUGAGUCUGAACAGGAGCUCUGCACAGAGGACAGCACCAGAGCUACCAGACAUCCCAUCCUGCCUCCUGCUGCCCAGCCUCCCCUCCUGGCCCCCAGCAGCCUCCGUCCUCCAUCCUCCCCUCCAGUCCAGCGUCCUUCAUCGUCUCCUCAGCGUCCUUCGGCUGAGAUGUGCGGCUCUCUGCAUCUGACCAGCAGCCCCAGCAACUGUUCUUCUGUCCGGCCGGCCCGCUGGGGGCCCCUGUGGGACGAUGGUGGAGACUUCCUGCGUUAUGGACACUACCACGGCUUCGGAGACACCGCCGAGGAGCUGAGCGACAGCAGCAGCGUCCAGGCAGAGCACAGAUCCAAGCAGGCCGACCUGUACCACGGCUCAUAAACACCCUGCUGGAACCAGAACAGUUUCACCUCCUCCAUCACUGUUUACUGUAAAAUCUUGCAGCUCUGUGGAAACAACACGACCACCAACAAGUAGAGAGAAACCAGAAACAGUAUGAUAGUUAGAAUGCCAGAAGUUACAUUUCAGUGAGUACUUCUUUAAAAAAACUUUGAAUCAACAUCUAAAAUAAUUUCCAAGUGCCCUCAGGUGUAAACACUGCCUGCAGUUCAGCUGAAACGUCCCUAAUUAUUUAUCACAAUGUAUUUUUUAGCAAUUAGCCUUGUAGAAUGAAGGGAUUUUGAGGGGAAAAGCUUAGUUUUGGUUCAUUUUCUCAGGGAAUAUUUCUGAAAUUACGAGUACAGUUUCGCAAAAGUUAACCAUAAUAUCUGGAACCUGUAGAAUAAACUGCUAUCACAUUCAUAAAAAAACGAACAUUUAAAAAACCUUAAAUCAACGUGUACAAUCAUUUCCAAGAGCCCACAGGUGUGAACACUGCCUGGAGUUCAGCCCAGAUCAGCUGUAAAGCCCCUAAUUUUUUGGAUCAUGUUGUAUUUUUGGCAAUUUUUUAAAUUAGACUAGGAGAAUAAAGGGAUUUUUUUUUUUUUUUUUUUUUUAAACACAAUUUUAAGCUUAGUUUUGGUCAAUUUUCUCUGUGAAUCUUUCCAAAAUUAUGAGGAAAGUUUUUCAAAAAUUAGCCAGAAAAUAAAACAAAAGUUUAAAAAAACUUGAAUCAACACGUAUAAUAAUUUCCAAGUGCCCUCAGGUGUUCCCAAAACUAAGUGACUCUACAUAAUAUAGAUCUUUACUCAUAUCCAUAUUUAUCUCCUGCAGUUCAGCUGAAUCGUCUCUGAAGUUUUUUUUCACGGUUUGCUUUUAUUUAGUUUUUUCCAGAAUGUUCUUGGUGCAAACAUUUUAAACUCAUUUCCAGAACCCAUCAGCCUGCCUCGUUCUAUGAUCUAAAUCUUCUGCUAAACUUGGCAUGUUCAGCGUUGGUUGUUGUUGUUUUCUGUAGAGAGGAGGUUGAACAUGGAAACAGUUCAAAGCAGACUCUCAGUCAUCAUGUUGUGUUGUUGAGUUCUACGGUUCAGUUUGUGCUCCUGUCAGCUUUAGUUCCUCUGGUUUCCUGCCAGUGUUUCCUUCACUGAUCGUUGUGUUUGUGGUUUGCACUAUAAAGGGCUGUGGGUGUGAAUGUGUUCUGGAACAACAGGAGCCUUGAUCUACCAAAGGGAAUGUGUUAUAUUUAUGUUUCAGAGCAGCUGGACGUGUUUAGAGAGUUGGACUGUAAUUUAAUCUGAUAGUGGAUCUCUUGUUGUGACCUGCAGACUCUUUUUCGAAACACUAAGUCAGCCGAGUGCCAAAAUCUGCCUUCCACCAACCAGAACCAGGCUCUGCUGCAUUCUGACUGACACUUUUAUACUCAAUAAAACCUGUUUUACAUUUUUAUAAAA